UUUUAACUGUCGACGUCACCGAUCGACCGCUUGUCACUGCUUCUCAUACAGCGAAUGGGCCGAGAAAUAAGAUCAUAUCUGGUCCAGCGUUAUCUUUGGCAUGGGAGAGAGAUCAGUAGCCUUUGUUGCAUUUGUGAUGCAUUGAAAAGGGGCCCUCUUUAUGGACGAUUGAUUGCAAUAUAUGCAAAGUAAGGAAGACAUCACACGUGCGGGAGUUAGUUAGCUAGCUAGCUGAUCUUCCCCAGCGGAUCAGGACUCGUAUCUGCAAAGCAUCUGUGUAGGAGUGCUGAUCUAGGAUCUGUCCAUAAAUCCAUAUCAUCUCAUUCCUUAUGAUCUAAAAGGCAAAACUGAUCAUAGAUGAGUACUCCUGAGACACUUUGUGGAUUAGGGCCCAGGUUGCGAUGUGGGAACAGUGAUGGGGCACUGGUGACCUCGUCUCCAGGCUAGCCUAUUUACUACAGCAUAUCAAGAGCCGUUGACUGCCCUGCUCUUUCUAUCUCUUCACUCUACUACCCAAGUCUGACGGAAGACCUAAGAGCUCUACCCUGUACCGAGGGCUCUACCCUGUACCGAGGGCUCUACCCUGUACCGAGGGCUCUACUCUGUACCGAGGGCUCUACCCUGUACCGAGGGCUCUACCCUGUACCGAGGGCUCUACAUAAGAGCUCUAAGCCCCGUCACACUACUCCGGUUGGAAGAGCCGUAACCCAGCCAGUGGAGGGGUCAUCAUGACUCAGAGUCCCGUCCAUGGCUGCUCGGUCUGUGUGGCCCAGCUGACAGUCUUCCUCUCCCUUGCCCUGCUGUUGUGUCCCCUGGGGAGAGCGCUCGGCCAAGACCAGGCUUCUCCGGCCCAGGUGCUGCAGGGCCUGUUGGAGCGAUAUGGGGACAAUGCCACCAUCUCUGUCCCCCAGCUGCGCUCUUUGCUGGCCCGACUCGGUGCACCUGGCCUGGGAGACAACGGCACCACUGCAGAGGCGACAGCUCCACCGGCGCCGCCCAGAGUCAACCUGUCCAAAUGCUUACCUGGAGACACGCUGGCAGUUUACAGUAUGAACGAGCAGUCUCGUCUGGAUGGGCGUGGCCUACAGGAGCUCUGCCCCACCAUGCUUCAGCAAUUGGACUCGGGCGCCUGUGGGGUGGAGAAAAAGGAGGAGCUUAUCAUAGACCCGCCUUCCAAACCCACUGCUGCUGAAGUUUGGGGUUAUGGCUUCCUGUGUGUGACCUUCAUUUCUCUGUGUUCGCUGGUUGGGGCCAGUGUGGUCCCCUUCAUGAGGAAAACCUUUUACAAGCGUCUGCUGCUCUACUUCAUAGCCCUGGCCAUUGGCACCCUCUACUCCAACGCCCUGUUUCAGCUCAUCCCAGAGGCAUUUGGUUUUAACCCUAUGGUGGACAACUAUGUGUCUAAGUCCACGGUGGUGUUUGGAGGGUUUUACCUCUUCUUCUUCACCGAGAAGAUCCUCAAGAUGCUGCUCAAACCGAAGGAUAAGGGCCAUGCCCACAGCCAUUUCCCAGCCAACGGAGACAUGGAAGAGGGCGUGACAGAGAAGCUGCAGCAGAGUGGAGAGGUGGGGCUUAACCUGCCCAAGGUGGACGGAGGAGAGGGGGACCGCAUGCUCACCCCUGCACUGACCCCACCGGACUCUCAGAGCCUGGGUGGAGGAAACAGCAGAGGAGGCUGCUAUUGGCUGAAGGGUACAGCGUACUCGGACAUCGGCACGCUGGCCUGGAUGAUCACGUUGAGCGACGGGCUCCAUAACUUCAUCGACGGCCUGGCCAUCGGAGCAUCCUUCACUGCCUCGACGUUCCAGGGCAUCAGCACCUCCGUGGCUAUACUCUGUGAGGAGUUUCCCCAUGAACUGGGAGACUUUGUGAUCUUGUUGAAUGCUGGGAUGAGUAUCCAGCAGGCUCUGUUCUUUAACUUCCUGUCUGCCUGCUGCUGCUACCUGGGCAUGGGUUUUGGCAUCCUGGCAGGAAACAGCUUCUCACCUCAAUGGAUCUUUGCCCUGGCAGGGGGCAUGUUCCUCUACAUCGCCCUGGCAGACAUGUUCCCGGAGAUGAACGAGGUGAGUCGUGAGGAGGAGGAGGCGGGGGGAAGCAGCUUCCUUGUGACCUUCAUCAUCCAAAACGCGGGCCUCCUAACAGGCUUUGCCAUCAUGCUGCUACUGACCACCUACUCUGGAGCCAUCACUAUAGACUAGCAUUAUUAUUCACACAACUACACCCUACCGGUUUUAACCAGAUCCAACCGCUUUCAACUGUAAUGAUUCCCUUUGGAGCUGAAUGGAAAUGCCCCUCCCUCCCCAGGCCCCAUUUUGCCCUGAAUUCUCCCUCAGGACUUUAGAGACCCGGGGCUUCGGUACUAGUGCGGCGGGAACGCACCCUAUAAGACUUAAGCAGUUCCCAAAUGCAGUAGCUACUAGUACACUGGCUGGGAAAUCGGCCUCCCUCAUCUCUCUUGGGCCUUCUCUGACCCCCCCAGUACACUGGCAGGGGAAUCGGCCUCCCUCAUCUCUCUUGGGCCUUCUCUGACCCCCCUAGUUUACUGGCAGGGGAACCGCCCGCCAUCAUCUCUCUUGGGCCUUCUCUGACCCCCCCCUAGUACACUGGCAGGGGUACCACCCUCCCUCAUCUCUCUUGGGCCUUCUCUGACCCCCCUAGUUUACUGGCAGGGGAACCGCCCGCCAUCAUCUCUCUUGGGCCUUCUCUGACCCCCCCCUAGUACACUGGCAGGGGUACCACCCUCCCUCAUCUCUCUUGGGCCUUCUCUGACCCCCCUAGUACACUGGCAGGGGUACCACCCUCCCUCAUCUCUCUUGGGCCUUCUCUGACCCCCCCCUCCCCUCCCCCCUGCCAGCUAGGUGACUAGCCUAGAGAUCCCUUUCCCCUCUGUUCUAUGCCACCUGCAGGGACAGGAACGAGUCAUAGGCAGGGGGUAGGACCACCAUAUUAUCUCCUACGCUGAUGACCAACAGACAUGCAAUAUCUACAAACCAUUAUAAAAACACAGUUCAUAUAUCAACUAUACUAGGUAUAAAUAAAGUUAUUUAAUCAAACACUUCCUUGUUCCCCAGACUACUGAGAGACCAUUUUGGCUCUACAAAGACACUGCUGUUGUCAUGGAGAUCAUUCUGUCAUUGGUUAGUUUGGACAUGCAUGAUGAGCGUCGAGUUGGACAUUUUGAGCAACCAGGGGUGUAUUCAUUACGGAAACCGUUUGAGAACCAAACAGUAGCAAACAGCAAAUGGAACGAAACGGUAAGGGACCUACCAGAAUUUGUCCAAUAGAAACGAUGUGUUUUGUUUCUGUUGCAACAUGUUUUGUAACAGAAUCUGCGUAAUGAUUACACCCCAGGGUCCAGUGACUUGGAAAUAGUGUAUUUAUGUUACCCAUAUGCCUCUUGAGUGCCCAUGGGCCAAACUACGGUGGCCUCUGCAGCACAAUCAGGUAAUAGCAGUUGUAUUGUAGACAUCCUUGGACUUUCUCAUUUGUUCAUUGUCAGAGUGCAAACCCUUUUUUCAAUACAUACCAAAAAGAAAGUGUUUCAUAUAUAUAUGUAUGACACACAGAUCAACCGGAAAGUUGAGCAAGCCGGCGUGAAGAAGAACAAAUCCUUUCCCCAACAUAGGACUGAUGUGUGUCUGUGAGUAAGUAGAUGUUAUGUUUUACUUCAGGAGGAACCAGACAAACGCAAAAUGAGGACAGACAGACCAUUUAUGAUGGACUCCAUUGGGACUUGUUUUUCCUCCAAAAUGUGACAAAAGUGAAGAACAAAAACCUCCUGAUUUUGUCGCUUUCUGUCCUGGUUUCCUCGGCUGACAUUCUCUGCUAAGAUCUCAGCAAAUAGCUCCCUAUUAUAGUACACUUCCUAAAAUAAGGUUUUCUGUAGGGAAUAGAGUGCCAUUUUGGACAAAACAUAUGUUUGAUGGAUGGACGGACUAUGGUGGCACCUGAAGCCACGGUCUAUUUCUCCCAAUCAGUUCCCACAUCUAGCUAACCAUCUGUGCCCUUCAUAUGUUGUUGACUUGAUUUUUCUAAGACUCUUUAUCUCUAUGAAUGCAAUCCUCCAUUCCUUAUCCAUACCAUUGUCAUAUUGAGAUAACGUCUAUUGUUGUAUUAUUUGUAUGUAAUGAAUGAAUGGUUAGAAUCAGACUGUACUCAGAAUCAUAGUCACACUUAAAGGAGUAGUUCACUAUUUUACAAGAUAAUGUUCGAUGGUUCUUCACUCUGAACAUAGUCAAUGGGCCAGGAGAAACUGUAAUCCAUGGUUCGGUUUUCUUUAAACAGCCACAACAAACUUCAGCUAACUUUUGCCACACAGCUGGCUAAAAAUCUAUGGAAGUGAUGGGCAGCUUUUAAAAAGUAGAAUGUCCAAAUCACCCACAAUCAAUUCUAUAUUUUGUUUGCUGGAACUUUAAAGUGAUUUGGCCUUUAAAAAGAAAAAACAUGCUCACCAGCCCCUAUCACUUCCAUAGAUUUGUAGCUAGCGGUGGCUAAAGUUGGUAAUGGCUGAUUAAUGAAAACUGAUUUUUUUAUUUAACUAGGCAAGUCAGUAAAGAACAAAUUAUUGGGCCUCCCGAGUGGUGCUAGCUGUGCCAUUAGAGAUUCUGGGUUCGAGCCCAGGUUCUGUCGCAGCCGGCCGUGACCGGGAGACCCAUGGUGCUGUGCACAAGCCCUAACGCUGUCCGUGUUAGGGGAGGGUUUGGCCGACAGUGAUGUCCUUGUCCCAUUGCGCACUAGCGACCCCUGUGGCGGGCCGGGCGCAGUGCACCUGACACAGUCGCCAGCUCUACGGUGUUUCCUCGGACACAUUGGUGCGGCUGGCUUCAGCGUUCAAUGGGCAUUGUGUCAAGAAGCAGUGCAGCUUGGUUCUCUUGUGUUUCGGAGGACGCACGGCUCUCGACCUUUGCCUCUCCAGAGUCUUUACGGGAGUUGUAGCGAUGAGACAAGACUGUAACUACCUAUUGGGGAGAAAAAGGGUAAGAUAAAAAAACUGAAGAAUUUUAUGACGGCCUAUGGGUGAUAAGUUUCUCCUGCGCCAUAGACUACAUUCAGGGUGAGGAACCAUCUAACAAAGUUGUAAAAUAGUGAACUACUCCAUUUUUAAGAUGGUUUCUAUAGGGUGUUGGAUAAGGACAGAAACAUCUCGCUCCUUCAGUGACGUGAGGGUGUCAUUCAUGUAGCAAUGCCCAAACCACAUGGUUGAAUCUGUAAGGCUUGCCAUGUUUUAGCCUGUAACGAAUAACAGUUUGGUAGGCUGUUAUUCAGCUUCUACAAUGUCAACGGUUGAUUCGAUCAGGGAGUUAUGAAGCACUGUAUUUUAUUAGUGCGGUGGUCAUGACAAUGCUAUAGGGUUAUAUAACAAUUGAUAUGAAGAGAACAGUUGUUAUAGCUUUGCCAUCAGGGACCGUGUGGUAGUAACAGGACUGUAUGACCAGGAUGAUGCAGGACGAGUAGGCUUCCUCACUCAACAGAAUUUAGGGUUGUUAAUGAUUGGAAAGAAUGUAUUGUACCAUUAGCAGAUGCAAUUGUGUGUAAUAUUAUACGUGACCCCUAGAGGGAGACACUGCCUCUGAAAUGAACCAGCAUAGAGCAGUAGGGAAUAUAUUUUCCUUCAUUGAAUAUUUGCUCAGAGUUGUACUAUAGUUGCUAUGCAUUGACUUCAAUGUCAGUCUACAAUUUAUCUUGUUAUUAUUGGCAUAGAAUAGAGCAGAUUAAAAUCCUAAAGAUUAGGUGAAUAAUUGCUCUUCCCCUUUUCUGAGUUGAUCUAUAUGAAAUAAACCAUCGCAUGAAAUGAAUUAUGUACAAUGGCAACCAUAAUGUAUUGAGCGUUUUGAAACGGUUAGUUGUAUGGAUAAUCAACAUUAUUGUUUAAGCCAUAAUGUUUGAAAUGCAUUUUACAUUUUAAGUUUAUGCACAUUACACACUUUUUUGUUUUAGAAAUACAAGCCAUGUGAAACUAGACAAUGCUGCACUAUUUUUGUUGUAUUUAUUCAUUUUCUUCUUAGCGAUCAUUUUACAUUUUGCACAUGUAAAACAGAUUUGUUAGUCAAAUGGAUACAUCAAUACAACACUUCUCAAAUCAGAGUACAUACACAGGCAACACACAUUUCCACCUCGACAUGUUCAGUCUCCAUUUUGACAAGUCCAUACCUCCAUGCAGGAUUUUGCUGUCUGAAACACUUAAUUGUGUGUGACUAACCAGGGUUGGUGUCAAUUCAGAAAGUAAACCAAAUUCCAAUUCCGAAUGUUGUUAAUUGAGAAUUUGAUUUGGAAUUUCGGUGUACUUCCUGAAUAGAAAUGGAAUUGACCCCAACUCUGAUUCAAACUGACUUUAGACUCUUUAAAUAAGUUAUUUAUUGGUGACGUAAAGAUGUCUGACUCCUGUGAAUAGUGGUGUCAAGGAAGUGUUGUACCUUUUGCAGUGUGUUGUGGGAGCUGGGAACAUGUAUUUUUUUUUAUAAACAAUUUUCCUAAAUUAA